CGAUAAUUAACCCUAAUUAAAAUCCCCAGCGAAACAAAUGUUAUCAGAAUCUAUAUCAUUCAAAAUUCAAAAUUUGAAAGUUGCUAAAAAUUAGCAAAUUCAGAUAUUUCCAGAAAAUCGAAGGGCGUUUCGGCCAUUACAGGAAAACCAUUUAUUUAAAAAAUCAAAUAAAACUCACUCCAUAGCUAUCAAUUGCUUUACUGCCAAAACCGAAGGCAGGAAAAACAUUUGAUCAUUUCAGUAGGUUUGAUUUGAUUUUGACUUGAUAAAUGGGUCGGAGAGCCGAUGAUGAGUACGAUUACUUGUUCAAAGUUGUAUUAAUCGGCGAUUCAGGCGUCGGGAAAUCGAACUUGCUGUCCCGAUUCACGCGCAACGAGUUUUGUUUGGAAUCUAAAUCAACUAUCGGCGUCGAGUUCGCUACUCGCACUCUUCAGGUUGAGGGAAGAACAGUGAAGGCUCAGAUAUGGGACACAGCUGGGCAAGAGAGAUACAGGGCCAUAACAAGUGCAUAUUAUCGUGGUGCUCUAGGCGCUCUUCUUGUGUAUGAUGUCACAAAACCUACCACAUUUGAGAAUGUGAGUCGCUGGUUGAAGGAGCUGAGGGACCAUGCAGAUUCCAACAUCGUUAUUAUGCUCAUAGGAAAUAAGACCGAUCUCAAGCAUCUUAGGGCUGUUGCGACAGAGGAUGCUCAAAGUUUUGCAGAAAAGGAGGGGCUCUCGUUCAUUGAAACCUCGGCUCUGGAGGCCACUAAUGUGGAGAAGUCGUUCCAAACCAUCCUUUCAGAAAUAUACCGUAUAAUCAGUAAGAAACCUCUAUCUUCAGAUGAGCCUGCAACAAAUAUCAAAGAGGGAAAGACUCUUGUUGUUGGUCCACAAGACACCGACACUAAGAAGACAUGCUGCUCGACGUCGUAAUCGUCUUUUCUAUUUUGCCAUUUUGCCGUUUGCCGGUUUCUGUUGUGAUUUUAUUAUUUUGAUAUUUCUCUAUUGAACACCUUGCACAUGUCUUGAUUCGUAGUGUAGAUGAGGCUUUCUUAAGAAAUGUCAUUGGAUAAUUAUAUUGUUUCUUUCGACUUUGAUACUAUAUUUAUUAUAUAUUUAUAUUUGUUUA